AUGUCCGGCAAGCUUGACCAGUCUCUUGACGAGAUCGCCACCACCCAGAAGCGGGCUUCUACCGGCCCUCGCCGCAGAUCUCAGCGUCGCGCCGCCACGCGCGCCGUUCCUACUGCCCCUGCUGGAGGAAUCAAGAAGGCCACCAAGCCUGUCCGCAAUGCCGGUGGCAAGGUCGCUCCCUCCAAGCCUCUCCCUGCCAGAGGUGACAGCAAGGUCAUCGUGAGCAAUCUGGAUGUUUCGGAGCAGCAGAUCAAGGAGUACUUUGUUCAAUCCGUUGGUCCUAUCAAGAAGGUCGAGAUCUCCUAUGGACCCAACUCUCAGAGCCGUGGAAUUGCCAACGUCAUCUUCCGCGAGGCGGAUGGCGCUAGUAAGGCCUUCCAGAAGCUGAACGGUCUGCUUGUUGACAACCGCCCAAUCAAGAUUGAGAUUGUUGUCGGUGCUGCUCAAGCCGAUAAGGUCAUCCCUACCGUCAAGACUCUUGCUGAGCGUACCACUGCGCCCAAGGCUCAACCCAAGUCAGCCGUCAAUGAUAAGAAGGGUGCCGCUGCCAAGGCUGGAAAUGCCAAGCCAAAUGCACCCAAGAAGCCCCGAGGUCGCAAUGUUCGCCCGGCCAAGAAGACCGCUGCUGAACUCGACUCGGAGAUGGCUGAUUACUUUGAGGCUACCCCUGCCAACGACGCCACCGCCGCUGCCACCGGUGCCAACACUAACGGCGAGGCGAUGGAGGAGAUCAUGUAA